CCGGGAUCCGCUCUGGGCACGGUUCGCAACUUGGCGGCUCGUCCCCUUCCUCCCUCUCGGGGCCAUGGCCGUGACGGGCGGGCGGCCCCAUCGCUCCUAGAGCCGGUACCGGAGCCGGUACCGGAGCCGCCGGGAUGAGCGCUCUCGCCUUCGACGACGCGGCCCUGGAGGGGCUGACCCCGUCCCUCGGCCUCUCCGGGGCCAACGACAUCGACACCGCGCUGCUGAGCGACAUCGACGACAUGCUCCAGCUGCUCAACACACCCGACACCGACUUCCCAGGGCUCUUUGACUCCUCCUUCGGUGUUCCCGAUGGUGCCGUGUCCCCGGGACCCCUCAGCACCUUCCUGCCUCCAGGACCCCCCGGCAUGGCUCCAUUCACCCCACAGCCCCCGGCCCCACUGCUCCCGGCCCCGGCUGUGAAGGAGGAGGUGGCAGUGCCCAGCAGCCAGCCCCAACCUGGGGUGAUGCUGACCCCCAACUUCAUCCCCACAUCCAGCAGCCAGUUCAGCCCCCAGCCCGUGGUGGGCUACCAGAGCCAGCACAGCUUCUCCGCCGUGCAGCCCGGAGCUGUGGGGCAGACCCUGGCCAGCCCCCCCCUGCCCACCCCACAGCCUGGCCAGCCCCUGGCAGUGCAGAACGUGGCACCCCAGCAGCUCCUGCCCCCCGCUGCCCCCACGGCCCAGCCCGUCUCACCCCACAUCCAGCCAGUGCCGGUCCUGCUGCAGCCCCAUUUCAUCAAGGCUGACUCCCUGCUGCUGACGGCCGUCAAGACGGAUGCUGGCAGUGCCAAGACCUCCAGCAUCACCUCCUUGGCCACCAGCGCCAGCGGCUCUGCUGCCCCACUGCAGGUGCCGGCGCUGGUGAGCGGAGGGACCAUCCUGGCCACGGUGCCGCUGGUGGUGGACACCGAGAAGCUGCCCAUCAACCGGCUGGCACCGAGUGGGAAGCCGGCACUGGGGCAGAGCCGGGGGGAGAAGCGGACAGCACACAAUGCCAUUGAGAAGCGGUAUCGGUCCUCCAUCAAUGACAAGAUAGUGGAGCUCAAGGACCUGGUGGUGGGCACUGAGGCCAAGCUCAAUAAGUCGGCGAUCCUAAGGAAGGCCAUUGAGUACAUCCGCUUCCUGCAGCAGAGCAACCAGAAGCUGAAGCAGGAGAACCUGUCCCUGAAGAUGGCCAUGCAGAAGAGCAAGUCCCUGAAGGAGCUGGUGUCCUGCAGUGGGGGGGGCAAGGCUGAGGCCCCCAUGGAGGUGGUGAAGGCAGAAGUGAUGGAGAUGCUGACGCCGCCGCCGUCGGAUGCCGGCUCUCCCAACCACAGCAGCGGCACCAGCAGCACCAGCAGCAGCGACUCAGAGCCUGAGAGCCCCCUCUGUGACCAUGACAAGGUGAAGCAGGAGCAGCCCCCCCCAUCACCCAGCAGCCAGGGCAUGCUGGACCGGUCCCGCAUGGCCCUCUGCGCCUUCGUCUUCCUCUGCCUCUCCUUCAACCCCAUGGCCUCCCUCCUGCGGGGCUCUGGGGGGGCCCCGGCCCCGGUGAGGAGCCCAGGUACCGGUGGGUCCAGCAGGAGCAUCAUGGCUGAGGCGGGUGCUGUGGAGGAGCCGUGGGGCUGGGCGCAGUGGCUGUGGCCCACGCUGGCAUUCUGGGCACUGAAUGUGGCUCUGGUGCUGGGGGCUGUGGUGCGGCUGUUUGUGUGCGGGGAGCCGGUGACCCGGCCCCACUCCGAGCCCUCCAUCCUCUUCUGGCGACACCGCAGACAGGCAGACCUCGACCUGGACCGGGGUGACUUCGCUCAGGGCGCUCAGCACCUGCGCACGGCACUGGCAGCCCUGGGCCGGCCACUACCGGCCUCGCACGGGGACCUGGCCUGCAGCCUGCUCUGGACCCUGCUGCGCCACCUCCUGCAGCGCCUCUGGGUGGGCCGCUGGUUGGCCGCCCGCGCCGGCCGCCUGCGCCAGGACCCACCGCCACCGGCACACGUCCGGCAGAGCGCCCGCGAUGCCGCCAUGGCGUACCACCGCCUGCACCAGCUGCACCUGGCCGGGAAGCAGGCAGGGGGGCACCUCCUGGCCAUCAACCUGGCUCUGAGCGCUGUCAACCUGGCUGAGUGCGCCGGGGAUGCUGUAUCCGUGGCUGCCCUGGCUGAGAUCUACGUGGCGGCCGCGCUGAGGGUCAAGGCCAGCCUGCACCGCUGCUUCCACUUCCUGGCGCGCCCCUUCCUCUGCAGCGCCCGGCGCGUGGCUCUGUCCCAUGGUGGGGCCGUGCCCCCCGCCAUGCAGUGGCUCUGCCACCCCUUGGGCCACCGCUUCUUCGUGGAUGGGGACUGGGCUGUUAAGGGUGUUCCAAGGGAGACCAUUUACAGCUCUGCCGGUAACCCAGUGGAUCCGCUGGCGCAGGUGACCCAGCUCUUCCGGGAGCACCUCCUGGAGAAGGCUCUGUGCUGUGUGGCCAUGCCCGAGCCCGGCCGCCCCACUGCACAGGGAGAGGGGCGCUUCUCCGAUGCCCUCGAGUACCUCCAGCUCCUCAAUGGCUGCUCCAACGUCAGUGGCGCAUCCGGCCCCACUCCCUCCAUCAGCUCUGGCUUGGCUGCUGUCACAGGCACCGACCCCGUGUCCAAGUGGUGGGCAUCCCUCAUCGGCACCAUCAUUCACUGGCUGCGGGGGGAUGAGGAGGGCGCCGAGCGCCUGUACCCGCUGGUGGAGACCAUGCCCCGGGCGCUGCAGAGCUCAGAUAAACCCCUGCCCCGCGCUGCCCUGCACUCCUUCCGUGCUGUCCGUGCCAUGCUGAGCAAGCAGGAUGGGAGCCAGCCCAGCCUGAGCCAUUGUGAGAAGGCCAGCGGCUGCCUGCGGGAGAGCCUGGAGAUGGGCACCCCCCCCAAGGCCACCAUUGACAAGGCAGUGCAGCUCCUGCUGUGUGACCUGCUCCUGGUGACCCGCACCAACCUGUGGCAGCAGCAGAUGAGCGCCAGCCAGCAGCGGCCCUGCCUCUACCAGGCGUCCGCCCUGGAGCUGCGCGGCUUCCAGCAGGACCUCAGCAGCCUGCGGCGCCUGGCACAGACCCUGCGCCCUGCCAUGCGCCGGGUGUUCCUGCACGAAGCCACCACUCGCCUCAUGGCCCGUGCCAGCCCCACACGUACCCAUCAGCUGCUGGACCGCAGCCUGCGGAGGAGAGGGGGGCAAGGCAGCAAAGCAGCCGGAGAGCCGGAGAGCCACCCUUCCCCACGGGAGCAUGCCGAGGCCCUGCUCCUUGCCUGCUGCUACCUGCCCCCCAGCUUCCUGUCGGGACCAGGACAACGGGUGGGGAUGCUGGCCGAGGCCGCCCGCACACUGGAGAAACUGGGGGACAAGCGCACCCUGCAUGACUGCCAGCAGAUGAUCAUCAAGCUGGGCAGCGGCACCACCGUCACAUCGGGAUAGAUGGGGAUGGGGGCACAGCAUCCCUGUUGUACCCAUUGUGGGGCUGGGAUGUGGGCACGAGUGUGCCUCAGUUUCCCCAUUCUAUGGGAUCGGGGUUUCAAGGUGAA